AUGAGAAACCACACAGCACCCUCAGAAUUCAUUCUUCUAGGACUGUCAGAUGAUCCGGAGAUUCAGAUAGUGAUCUUUCUCUUUUUAGUUAUCACAUAUAUUUUAAGUGUCUCAGGAAAUUUGACCAUCAUCACUCUCACCUUGGUGGAUUCUCACCUACAGACCCCUAUGUAUUUCUUCCUCAGGAACUUCUCUGUAUUAGAAAUAUCCUUUACAACCGUCUGUAUUCCUAGAUUUUUAGGCACCAUUAUUACCAGAGACAAAACUAUUUCAUACAAUACUUGCACAGCUCAAUUGUUUUUCUUCAUCUUCAUGGGCAUAACUGAAUUUUAUCUUCUGACUGCCAUGUCCUAUGACCGCUAUGUAGCCAUCUGCAAGCCCCUGCACUAUACAACUAUCAUGAACAAAAGAGUCUGCAUAGUGCUUGUCUUUUGUGCUUGGCUGGCAGGAUUCUUAAAUAUCUUCCCACCAGUUAUUCUUUUCCUCCAGUUAGAUUACUGUGGUUCCAAUGUCAUCGAUCACUUUGCCUGUGACUAUUUCCCCCUUUUGCAAUUAUCCUGCUCAGACACCUGGCUCCUGGAAGUGAUUGGUUUUUACUCAGCCAUAGUGAUUCUGCUUUUCACUUUGGCAUUGAUAAUUCUGUCCUACACGUUCAUCAUUAGGACAAUUCUAAGACUGCCUUCUGCCAGCCAGAGGAAAAAGGCAUUUUCUACAUGCUCCUCUCACAUGAUUGUCAUUUCCAUCUCUUAUGGAAGCUGCAUAUUCAUGUAUGCCAACCCUUCAGCAAAAGAGAAGGCAUCAUUGACCAAAGGAGUAGCUAUUCUGAACACUUCCGUUGCUCCUAUGAUGAAUCCGUUUAUAUAUACCCUGAGGAACCAGCAAGUAAAGCAAGCCUUUAAAGAUGCUUUUCAAAAGGUUCUGUUUUUCUCUGGUAAGUGA